AUGGGGAAACGGGUGGGAAACAGGCCGGACGGUCUGUCGGGAGCGUGUGUGGAACUGUUGGUCCCAUCGCUUUUCUUGGUUUGGCUGCAUUAUGCUCGCUGGCGGGGUGUGCUCGUUGGACCGGUGCACUUUGGCUGGGUGUCCUCCAGCCGUGUUAUCCUGCCUGUGUCUGUGGAGGAGUAUCAAGUGGGACAGCUGUAUUCCGUGGCAGAAGCCAGUAAAAAUGAAACUGGUGGCGGUGAAGGAGUGGAGGUCCUGGUGAACGAACCCUAUGAAAGAGAUGGAGAGCGUGGGCAGUACACACACAAGAUCUACCAUUUACAGAGCAAAGUGCCAACAUUUGUGAGAAUGCUGGCCCCCGAGGGAGCUCUGAAUAUACAUGAAAAAGCAUGGAAUGCCUAUCCCUACUGCAGAACUGUUAUUACAAAUGAGUAUAUGAAGGAUGACUUCCUGAUCAAAAUUGAGACCUGGCAUAAAUCAGAUCUUGGAACACAAGAGAAUGUUCAUAAACUGGAGCCAGAUGUAUGGAAGAAUGUAGAAGCUAUUUAUAUAGACAUUGCUGAUCGGAGUCAAGUACUUCCCAAGGAUUACAAGGCAGAAGAAGAUCCAGCAAAAUUUAAAUCUGUCAAGACUGGACGUGGACCUUUAGGUCCCAACUGGAAGAAGGAGCUGGGGAAGCAGACGGAUUGUCCGUACAUGUGUGCUUACAAACUGGUAACAGUCAAGUUCAAGUGGUGGGGUCUGCAAAAUAAAGUUGAGAACUUUAUACAGAAGCAAGAAAAACGUCUCUUCACAAACUUCCAUCGGCAGCUCUUCUGCUGGCUUGAUAAGUGGGUUGAUCUGACUAUGGAGGACAUCCGUAGGAUGGAGGAGGAGACCAAGAGACAGCUGGAUGAGAUGAGAGAAAAAGACCCGGUGAAAGGAAUGACGGCUGCAGAUGACUAA